AUGGCACUAGCCCAGAACAUCGAGGAUCCCAAGUUUGAAGUUGUCAGAAUCGGGAACUCCUUCUACAGGAAACUUGUCGUUGACGAGAAUCUGAAAUUCAAAUGCGAGGAGAAUCGCAGAUACUACGAGGAGGAUGAAGUGGAAGAGGAGGGAGAGCUUGAUGAUCAGCUGGUUUACGAGGGUGAUGAGUGGGUAUUCCGAAUGGAGAUGCCUGCCAUAUUUCACAGAUUCAUUGUUGGCUCACGGGCCAGAAAUAAGCAGAAGCUUGAGAUGGAGUCGGGAUGCAAAAUCGUGGUUCCAAAGCGCGAGGAGCUGGAAGAUGCCGUGUAUCUGAAAGCACGGCAGAAGAGCAGCAUCUACAGCUGCAAGGCGCUCAUAGAGCUCCUUUGUGAGAAGGAGGAGGCCAAGCUGGAGUACACGCACUUCAUCUCGGUCCCGCUGGCCUAUGACGACAAGUUUCGGCAGCUGGUGGACGGUUUCCGGGAGGAUGUUGUGCUGCAGCGUUUCCAGGGCAUAGAUGCUUCCAUCUUCAUGCCCUCCCAGCGCAUGCACUUCACCCUGUGCAUGCUGAAGCUGCACUCUCAUGCUCAAGUCGAUGAGAUGAAGGAGGCAUUAAAGGACCUGUCUGCUCGCCUCUCGGCAACGUCCGACUAUGCACGGCCACUAAUGGCGCACAUGAAGGGCCUGCACAUUUUCACGGACGACCCUACCAGCGUCGGAGUGGUGUUCACCACGGAUCGGUCCCGAGAAUUACAAAAUCGCAUGAACUCCAUGGCCGACUCGAUGUUUGAGCUCUUCCAGGCGCGGAAUUUGGUCUCCUCCCAGAACUUGAUGUCACAGAGGCUUUUGUCCUCCGACGGCCAGCACGCUGAGGUCAAACUUCACGCUACCCUCAUGAACACAAAGUAUGCACGGUCGAGAUUCGACGAUCGCUCAGCUCCGCGAGAGAACUUCGACGCCAGUGUGCUCAUGGAGCGCUUCGGACAGGAAUAUGGCAUGGGGCAUGAGGACAUGGCUGUUGCCUCGCUCACAUCUGGCUCGAUGCCGUGCAUCGACAUCCACGAUGGGCAGGUGAAGCAAAUCGUGGGUGGCACAUUGAAAGAUGACUCCAAGUCCCUCGUCACGAAUUUCGAGGCUUCUCAGCCAUCAAGCUGGUUCGCAGAACGAUACCGAGAUGACGGCUUGGGAGGUGGGCACGCAAUCAUGCUGGGUGCUUCGGAACCAAACAAAGCAGCAGCGCUCGCCACACUGAAGGCAUACCCAGGCGGUUUACAGGUUGGUGGAGGAAUCAGCGCAGAGAACGCAAUGGAGUUUAUUGACGCAGGAGCUAGCCAUGUCAUCGUGACUUCUUACGUGUUCCAUGAUGGGAAGGUAGACAAGGAGAGGCUUGCAGCAUUGGUUGACAAAGUUGGUCGCGAGCGCCUGGUCCUCGACCUGAGCUGCAGACGGGUGCCAGAUGAGGACAAAGAGAAGAAACCGGUGUACAAGGUGUUCGUCAGUUUCCUGCCAGGUGUUUGCUGCUUGUGCAUCCCAUCCUGGCGGUGGGCUUCAGUGGCUUGCUUGUGCGCCGCUAUUUUGCCGCGCGUUCUAUGGCAACCGGGAAGGGGAGACGCUGCAGAGGGAUCCAAAUAUACCUUUGCACUUGGCUUCUACUGGAACUUUGUCAUGAUUAGCUGCUUUGCUUCCCCUCUUCUGCUGGCCAUUGGCUGCUGGUAUUGUCCAUUGCUGUGCUUGCCGACGUUCGGCUAUGUAGUGUGGGCUCGCUUUCUCUCCCGUGCCGAACUCGGUGACGGAGCUGCCUGGCCAUGGUUCUCCCGUCAGGAGUGGGGCUACCAUGCUUUCAGGCGAUACCUCCAGCUGCGUAUUCAUGUUCAUACAUCGCUCUACGAGCGUUCUGCGGAAAAGCCUGUGGUGCUUGCGAUUCACCCGCAUGGUGUCGCAAGCGACUAUCGUAUCAUGCUCGAUGGCAUGCUUUACGAGGCACUGCCGCAUCGGAACGUUCUUACUUUGAGUGCUUCGGUGCUCUUCCAUCUGCCGAUGGUCCGAGAACUUUCAUUGUGGACAAGAUGUAUAGAUGCGCGGAAGAGUGUUGCUUGCCGUGCCCUGCGUAAGGGCCACAGCCUGAUGGUCAUUCCUGGCGGCGAGCACGAACAGAUUCGUACCGUCCAGGGCAAAGAAGAAGUGUAUUUGUCCAAGAGGAUGGGGUUUAUCAAGAUCGCUUUGCAAGAGCGAGCAGCCGUAGCACCAUGCUAUGUCUUCGGGUGUGUAGACCUUUACAAGACCUUUACCGGCUUCAUGAAAGCACCUCGGGAAUGGCUUCGCAAAAGUUUUGGCAUUUGUAUUCCCCUGUACUACGGGGCUUUGGGUCUGCUGCCACUACGAUACCCGGUACACGUCGUCAUGGGGGCACCGAUUGAGUUCGAGUGUAAAGUCGCCGGAUUUCCAAGCGACGAAGAAGUGCAGGAAGCACAUGCGAAGUAUGUUGCUGCCCUGACCAAGCUGUACAACGAAGAAAGACAUCACUACGGAGAUCCGAAUCGUGAGUUGCUUGUUUCUUAA